GUAUUGCCGUUCCACGUUGCAGUGUUAGUCCUGUAGAGAGCGGUAUUUGGUUUAUGGAGUUGCUUUAUAGAGCGCGCGCUGCACUCUGUACACUGUACUGUACUGUACAUGAGCGCGCGGAGGGAGGAGCGACCUCACGCGCCUCUCUUCAUUUCUCUCCGCUUCAGGUCCCAGUAAGAAGGAGGAGAAGAAGAAGAAGAAGAAGAAGAAGGAGAAGAAGAAGAAGAAGAAGAAGAGGAAGGCGAGCACACACACACACACAUGCACACACAUAUAUAGGCACGCACACUGACACGCGCGCACACGCACACACACUGACUUUCUCUCUGUGCUACGUUUAUUCACUUAUUCACAAGUGUCGGCACGCCGCGCCCUGAGCCUCGCGAGCUCUAAUACCGCGCACUCUAUUUGGAUACGGGAACGGAACACACACACACACACACACACACACGCACGCACACACACGCACGUUUCCCUCUAAACCUCUUGUCUUCGAGUCGUCCUUGCUGGGAAACACUCGGAUCUUCACACGGGUGCUUGUGAGACGUCCACGAGGACCCAGCCCAGAGAACACAGCUAACCAAACACACAUCUCAGAGCUACGCUGAGCUGAGGGACGCUGGGUUCCUCUCACUGAGAGCUGAUCUUCUGAUAGAGUCAGAAAUCAUUCCCAAAGAAACUCAGCACAGAGCUACAGAGAAGCUGUGUCCGGUCUCACGGUUCCUUCUAAAGCUCAGUCACAUCGGUCGUGUCUCAUGGUCGUCAGUGUUGAAGCGGGCACUGGGAUUGGUUGGUGAGCGUGGCUCCUCAGAGCUGUGGGAUGUCCAUCUGACUCAACGACGCGAAUGACAGCUAUUCGUCUACAGGUGGGGCCCGCCUCAGUCUCACAUGAUUGGCUGCUGGAUGGAAUUAAGGUGAAUGGAACACAUGCCCAAGGAGCAGGACCUUAACCAAUCAGAGAGAGAAGAGAAACGGUGGCUCAAUGGCCCAAAAAGGAAGAGAAAGAAUAGUCAGUGUUCGUUGAAGAGCAUGUCAGGGUACAUCCCGAGUUAUCUAGAGAAGGAUGAGCCGUGUGUGGUGUGUGGAGACAAAGCCACUGGCUACCACUACCGCUGCAUAACCUGCGAGGGCUGCAAGGGUUUUUUCCGGCGCACCAUCCAGAAGAACCUGCACCCGUCGUAUUCCUGCAAGUACGAUGGCUGCUGCAUCAUCGACAAGAUCACACGCAACCAGUGCCAGCUGUGCCGCUUCAAGAAGUGCAUCGCAGUGGGCAUGGCCAUGGACCUGGUUCUGGACGAGGCGAAGCGAGUGGCCAAGAGGCGUCUCAUCGAGGAGAACCGGGAGAAGAGGAAGAAGGAGGAGAUGGUGAAGACCCUGCAGAACCGGCCCGAGCCGACGGGUACAGAGUGGGAGUUGAUCCGCCUCGUGACCGAGGCUCACCGCCACACCAACGCCCAGGGCUCACACUGGAAACAGAAACGCAAGUUCCUGCCUGAAGACAUCGGCCAGUCGCCGGUAGCUCCCACGUCAGACGGGGAUAAAGUCGACCUGGAGGCCUUCAGCGAGUUUACCAAGAUCAUCACGCCAGCCAUCACACGCGUCGUAGACUUUGCCAAAAAACUGCCCAUGUUUUCAGAGCUGCCUUGUGAGGAUCAGAUCAUCCUGCUGAAGGGCUGCUGUAUGGAGAUCAUGUCUCUGCGGGCGGCGGUGAGGUACGACCCGGAGAGCGAGACUCUGACGCUGAGCGGAGAGAUGGCCGUGAAGAGGGAGCAGCUGAAGAACGGCGGCCUGGGCGUAGUCUCCGACGCCAUCUUUGACCUGGGCAAGAGCCUCGCGCAGUUCAACCUGGACGACACGGAGGUGGCGCUGCUGCAGGCCGUGCUGCUCAUGAGCUCAGACCGCUCAGGUUUGACGUGCAUGGAGAAGAUCGAGAAGUGCCAGGAGACGUACCUGCUGGCGUUCGAGCACUACAUCAACUAUCGCAAGCACAACAUUCCCCACUUCUGGCCCAAGCUGCUGAUGAAGGUGACGGACCUGCGCAUGAUCGGCGCGUGCCACGCCAGCCGCUUCCUGCACAUGAAGGUGGAGUGUCCCACCGAGCUGUUUCCUCCGCUCUUCCUCGAGGUCUUCGAGGACCAGGAAGUGUGAGCGCUAGAAAGGAACGGCAACUUUUCUUUUUUUUGUUUUUUUUUUUUUACUAAAAAAAAAAAAAAAAAAACGGAAAAAAAAAACAAAAACGUACACACAACCGACCAUCUCCGUCCUUUUAAACACGUCGACACGGUCCCGAUCCCGAUCCCACCUCGUCCUCGUCCGCCUUCCUAUCCUACGCAUCAAAUGCACCAGCAGCAUGAUGGCAGAGGCAGAGGCGGCGCCAAGACCUUCUCCGGGGCUCGUGUUCUCCUUCGAUGUGUUGCAGAAGCGGCUAUUUAUUCUACAUUUGCUUUUUACGGAGUGUUUAACCCCUCCCCCUUUAGAUUUUCUCCGCCAGCCGAUUUACAGGUGGCCCUUCUGUCUCUGCGCUACGUCUUAGACUGAGCUACCUGAAACUGAAAUUAGCAGCUAUGGACACAAAUACACAGACACACACACACUUACACAUCUAACCUCAAAUCAGAACACUUUAACACACACACA